AUGGAAUACAAGCAAAUCGAUAUGUUAAACUGGGAGCAGGUCGAGAGUCAACUUGCAGGAGAAGCUAGAGUGCUGAUUAUCGACAAAUCAACAUCAGAUGCUAUUUCCUGCGGACCCGACAAGCCUUCUCCCUUCUCCCAAUCUCCGAUUUCACCUGUACGAGUACUUGCACUCCAUCUCGCUGCUCUUUCUUUACCUGGUUCAAUAUGGAUCGCACUUUCCUAUUCCGCUUCACGGUUCGAUGAUAUUGGUGAAUUCUGGAAUGUAGAAAUGACGGAAAAGGUCGCUGCGGAGAGCGGGCAAACGAAAGAAGGUGUCUAUGCUCCCGAAGUUUGGCAUACCUUGUACGUACUUAGGCGAACGAACCAUCCCGUUCGCCCUUUCGUUUGUGAUUGA